AUGAAGAGGAACAUGUUCCUCUGGUGGAUCUUACUACUUUUCUCCCAAGGAUUUGUAUUUCGCAACGUCCGAGGGGAACUUCCGUUCAUUGCAGGAAACAAUGCUGCCAUGCUGGUCAACUGGAAUGCUGUUGACGGAAACAAGAAGUUGUUCGCCAUCUAUGACACGAGCGUCAAUGAACCGGGCAACAUGUCUUUCGUGAAGGAGACGGUGGAUAAACUACUGAAGGGAUAUGACAUCCGACUGAGGCCGGACUUUGGAGGAGCCCCUGUUGCAGUGGGCAUGAGCAUAGACGUGGCCAGCAUAGACAUGGUGUCAGAAGUCAACAUGGACUACACGUUGACCAUGUAUUUCCAACAGUAUUGGAGGGACAAGCGUCUUGCCUACGUAGGAAUUCCACUUAACUUGACCCUGGACAACCGAGUUGCCGACCAGCUCUGGGUCCCAGAUACCUACUUCCUCAACGACAAGAAGUCAUUCGUCCACGGAGUGACGGUCAAAAACCGCAUGAUCCGACUACAUCCGGAUGGAACUGUUCUCUACGGGCUGAGGAUAACUACCACAGCGGCGUGUAUGAUGGAUCUCAGGAGGUAUCCCCUGGACGAACAGAACUGCACUCUGGAGAUAGAAAGCUAUGGCUACACCACAGAUGACAUUGAGUUCUACUGGAAAGGAGGCGAGUCGGCUGUAACGGGGGUGACACGGAUCGAGCUGCCUCAGUUCUCCAUUGUUGAUUACAAGCUGGUGUCCAGAAACGUAGUCUUUUCCACAGGUGCCUACCCUCGACUGUCUCUAAGCUUCAAGCUGAAGAGGAACAUCGGCUACUUCAUCUUGCAGACGUACAUGCCAUCGAUCCUGAUUACCAUCCUCUCCUGGGUCUCCUUCUGGAUAAACUAUGACGCGUCGGCAGCCAGAGUGGCUCUAGGGAUCACCACGGUGCUGACCAUGACCACCAUCAACACCCACUUGAGGGAGACACUGCCCAAGAUCCCCUACGUCAAGGCCAUCGACAUGUACCUGAUGGGCUGCUUCGUCAUGGUCUUCCUGGCCCUGCUCGAGUACGCCUUCGUCAACUACAUCUUCUUCGGAAGGGGCCCUCAGAUGCAAAAGAAGCUGGCAGAGAAGGCCGAGAAGGCCAACAACGAGAGGGCAGCCAAGUAUGACGCUGCAAGGGAGGCAGGUAGUAGGACCGCAUCCCUAAAGCGGUCCAAUCAGGUUAGAGGUCUUCGCCACUCACGCUCGGCGGAACCACAUGGCCACGGGAACAUCCUGCUGACCACCCUGGAGAUCCAUAACGAAGUGGCGGGAGGCGAGAUCACCACCAGCGUGGCGGACAUUAGGAACUCUCAGUCCAUGGUGCAGUUGGACAGCACGGCCUCCACGCACAUCCAGUACCGCAAGCAGAGCGGCGGGAUCGGGCCUCGAUCCGCCAGCCGCCACUCCCUGGACCGGUCAGCCCAGAUGAAACGCAGCCGCCUGCGGAGGCGGUCCUCGCAGCUCAAAAUCAAAAUCCCCGACCUGACGGAUGUGAACGCCAUUGACCGCUGGUCACGGAUCAUCUUCCCCUCCGUUUUCUCACUGUUCAACCUCGUCUACUGGCUCUACUAUGUCUGA